CAACAUCAUGAGGAAGAAGCCAGACGCCUUCAAGCCCAAGAUCGCCGACAGCGGCGGCAUCGACGACGUGCCCGCACAACCACAUGACGGCGCCCCCUCCUCCUCCGGCGUCCCGCCGGCGAGGACGCACGUCAAGGGAUGCAACUGCCGCAAGUCUGGCUGCAAAAAGCUCUACUGCGAGUGCUUCAAGCUCCACGUCGGGUGCACCGCCAAAUGCCACUGCGUAGGGUGCGCCAACAAGUUCGGAGCGAAAGCCGCGUCCGAAGGAACAGAUAAUCACAGUCCUAAUGGAACAUCCGGCGGCUCUGGCGGAACAACCGCCGGUUCGAACGACGGAGCGUCGUCGAUCCUUGGCGACGACAUGUAUGAUCUGCCUAUAGAACCAAGUUUGGUGGACGAUUUUUUUGCGACGAGACCCGAUUUGGAUCCAUGUUGGUCAUUUGAUCUUGGUCCAAUUCAAGCCACGGGUGAUGGUGGUGUCGACGUGUUCUUCGAUCCUGGAGAUUGCUCUCAGCACAACGUUGAUCCCCAAACACAUGAGGGAUUCAUGCAGGCCGAUGAAGCACUGCAUAACAGCGCAAACUCCGUGCUACAGCAGGAUCCUGCCAACCCUGACAUUUGCAAUGUCAACGAAAAUGGUAGCCAAAUUAUCAAAAUCAAUAGAAAUUGAUCCAUCUUUAUGAAGCUGCUGAUCAGCUUGACAACCAUAAGGUAUGUCUCUGCAUAAAUGGGCUUUGCUCCCCUUAAUUAUAUUGAUACACGUCGU